AUGAAAUGUUCGGGGGGUGGGGGUUUUGAUGACAGAAGAUGCAUUGAUUGUAUGAAAAGAGAGCUAGAAGUUGAGUACAUCUUCGACGAGUAUGGGGCAUUGAAGAGGAUGGUGACGGAUAUAGUCCCAGUGGAAGAGUUGAGACCCAGGCUUUGGGAUCCAAAAUUUCACCGUUCGUUCAAGACGGCAAGAGAUAAGCAGUCACUGCCAAUUCUUUAUGAAUACACUUUGAGUGACGGAGAUUGUGUUGGUGAAUCUAUUGAUGAGAAUAACUCUGGAAACACAGAGAGAGAAAUCGAUAAAAGACUUGCACAGGAUUUAUAA